UGUCCAGAUAGUGUCACUUUACAGCCUGCCUAUAAAAUGGACUCAUUCUUUCCACAGAGAUAUAUGCAAUUAUUAGCAUAUUACAUAUUUAGUAGAAUAGUUGUAUUAAUAUAUAAACAGCGAUCAAAACGUGUUUUAAGUUAAAUGUGGGUCUCAGUAAAACAAAAUGAGACUGGUGAAAACUGUUGCCUUUGAGUGCGUCCCAAUUCUACUGCUCGCUCGCCUUCUGGAGUUGGCAAGAAGUGGCAGUGAAUUCCCAAUGAGCAUGAUUGACAUUUCAGUGCUGACGAAGGCGGGCUCGGACUAGAACAGGGACAACCGGCAUUUACACGGAUUAUUUCCUAAAUCGAUUUGCAAUUACUUGUUGUGAGAAUAUGAAUUAAAAGUCGACAUAUCAGUAGAGCUUUUGGUGUCCUUGAUGACAGAUGACAGGACAAAAGGAAAAUAUUGAGGAUAGCCAAACGUUUACCAUUGAAGUUGGAUAUUGCCACAUGCAGAGAUGGAUUUUGGAGAAGUCAACACAGCCACAAAACCUCCAAUAGGGAAGAGGAUGAAGUCCCGAGCCCCCCCUCCGCCCCUGGCACCCGAGCCGGCCCCGAGGAGAAUCUUCCGUAACGCUGUGCCUGACGGGGGAGGCUCAGCGCAGGGCAGUAUGGGCAGCAUGGUGAUGGACACCAAGGAGAACAUGAUGAGGACCAGCGUAGACCUCCACAUCACUCUGCCUCAAGGCUACCAGACCAGCAGCACAGUGGACGGCAGCAAGGCGCUCAUGGAUCUGUUGGUGGAUCUGUGCAGCCGGUACCACCUGAACCCAGCCUAUCACACCCUGGAGCUGCUGUCCAGCGAGGGCCUGUCCAUAUCCUUCAAGCCCAACAGCCUGCUGGGGUCCCUGGACGUUGUUGCCAUAAGCAUCAGGGAGAAAGUGUUGCAGGACAAAGUGGUGCGGAAACCUCCGCCUAAAGUGCCAGAGAAAACGGUGCGUCUGGUGGUGAACUACCACAGGAGCCAGAAGGCGGUGGUGAGGGUGAGUCCCCUGGUGCCCCUGGGGAGCUUGGUCCCAGCCAUCUGUGAGAAGUGUGACUUUGACCCGGCCCAUGUCCUGCUGCUGAAGGACAAUGUCAGCAACCAUGAGCUGGAGCUAGACAAGUGUCUGAGUGAGCUAGGAAUCAGAGAGCUGUACGUACUGGACCAGACUCUUGUUCGUCAACCUAAAAUGUCUUCUGCACCUGCUCUAAAUUACCCAGAAUACUUCCGUUCCAACACCUCAAGUGUCGGUGGGGCCGAGAACAAAGGCCUGCUCGGAUUCUUAACGUUCAACAGAAGGAAAUCAAAGAUGUACAUUCCAUUUCAGACUGAAGAACAGUUGCCUACUAUGGACAUGGAUGGUCUUGAUAAUAAUAUUACUCAAAGUACUGAAAAACACUACAAUGGCCUGUCCACAGUGUCCAUCGUGCCCUGUGUGGACGCGCGGCCCAGCACCUUGGGCCAGUCCCAGUCCGUCAUGAACAUCUCCAGGAUGUCCCCCAGGAUAGAGAUUAAGAAGAGGCGGGCCCCCACGGCCCCCACACCCUGCCAGGGCUGCUACACACCGGAGUCCUACCAGGUGGCUCCUGACUCAGAGAGUACACUGAGGAAGAGGAAGGCCCCGGCACCCCCUCCUACCCCUACUACUUCUGUUACUCCAGCUCCUAGCACCCCAGCACCUUUCAUCUCUGCCCAGAUGGCCCCCUCUCCCUCCCCAGCCCCCAGCUCUCCUACCCCCAGCCUGCCUGCGGAGGAGGACUCUGGCUCUGAGCUGAGUAAUGGGUCUGUCUACAGCAGCAGCAGUAGCAGUAGUGGGGUCGCCGCCGGCACCUCUGUCGCUGACACCUCAAUGGCCGACUCUGACUCCGCCUCCAGCAGGGCUGAUGUGUCCAAGCCCGGCCCUGAUUCCUCCCCCAGCAGCAGUGCUGCCAUGGCUGACUCCUCCCGAGACGCCGCCCCCAGCAAGGUUGUCACCGGCCCCAGGAGCAAGACUAUGAUCAAUGUCGCCUCUUACUCCGCCCCUACCAGCAAGGUUGAAAAGGCCAAGCCCACCCCCUACUUGUCCCGCAGUACCACACCAGAGGAGACCAGAGGAGAAUCUGCUCUUGGCCUGAAACUAGACGAGACGGAGAACAACCGACACAGCGCCAUGGCUUGGCUGCACUCUCGGCGUCUCUCUGUGGCAGGACCCCAGACCCCAGAGGCAGAGGAGACUUUAUCCAUGGGCAGCAGUGGCAGUGGCAGCUUCCAGGACCAGGGUUAUGCAGCCUCCGAGGGCAUGGCUGAGGACUCUGGCCUGGUCAGCUCCCCCUCGGCCUCCGACACCACUCACCCUACCUCCCCUGACGGAAGUCUCUCCCUGGGCUCUUCUGGCUCCACUCACCCCAUGAUCCAUCCCCUCACCAAGGACUGUUCUAGUGAUAGUGACGAGGGCUGUGCCACGUGGGGCUCCAGACACAGACACAGCAGUGAUAUCAGCCACAACGACAAAGCAGGCAAAACAAAGGACAUCUAUGACGAGGACCCAGAGCUCACCACUCAGUUCAACCAGACUCUGGCUGAUCUGGAUGCUGAUCUAGCAGAUAUAAGUCACAUAGAUGCUGUUUCAGUGCAAGAGCACCCCUAUGUGAUGUCCACUGAGAGCAAUGACAUCCCCGUGUCUGUGGUGGAUAUGGAGGUCCCGGUCACAGCCAUAGAUGAAGUCCUGGAGGACUACGAGACACAGAGCAUGACGGAUCACCAAGCCACACUAAUGAGUAGCUCUCAAAGAACGGACAAUAAAGACCUGAACCACAGUCAUCAUCAUUCAAGUGUUGGUGGCAUACAGAACAAAAACAACAACGCCUGUACGUCUGACGGCUCCAGCAAAGUCAGCUCUACUCAACCACAGCCCGCGCAGCGCCUCAAAUCACCAGGGAAGAAGCUUGCCAAUGGCACCACGGGGAAAGACCAUACAGCAGUGGUCUCUAAGACUAAAGUAGAAGUUCAAAGAUGGGAGUCCACUGAGGCAGCUGAGAGGAAAGCCUCACCUGUCAACAGCUCUCUCGCUGUCCCAGAGAGCCAUUCCAAGUCCCCUGAGGAAGAGGUUCCCACCUAUAGAGGCCACGCUGCCUCCCAAGCACAAACGAAAAUCACAUGUAGCCCAGUCUCCCGAUUUGGUAUGAAAACAUUCACUAUCGUCCCUCCCAAGCCCGCAGUUGCAACCCGGCCUCAGAAGCCAGCAGAGGCCCCGGCCACUCUGACAACCGGUGCCAUUAGAAUUGACGAUCAGGGUAACAUGGUCAAAGUAGCCAUCGCCCGAAACAAGUUUGGCGGAUCCUCUGAGUCUGGGAUCAACAAAGAUGACUCUGUCUCACCACUCCUGGGGAAAGCCAAAACAUUCCGUAGCUCCUCGGAGAAGCAGGACACUUCUGCACAUUCGGUCCCCACUAGUAGAGGACCUGUCCCUUUCACAAAGACCCAGAGCCCAGAGUCUGAGGUCCACAAACCCACCCAUCGGGUCGUAGCCUCUGAGCCACCUGCAGCCAAGGCAACACCUAAGGCCUCUGAACCUGUAGCCAAGAUGACACCUAAGGAAACAUGCAAAGAUGUGGUUGAGGUAACAAAGGACAUCUCACAGGAAGCAGAGGGCAAGGCCUCAGUUCCACUUUCAGAGACUCCUGUGCAGCAGAAGACUAUGAAACUGAACCCUGGUAUUCUCCAAGACCAGAAGAGAAAUCUUUCCUUCCUCAAGCCGUCCAGGAGAACAUCCAGUCAGUACGUAGCUUCUGCCAUUGCUAAAUACGCUGUGAAGCCCACCAUGGCCAAAGCUGACAACAUCCAAGAAGUACCAACAGAGUUGUCUGACCCCAUGAGAAGAACACCUGGCAGUUACGGCUAUCAGAAAGAGUGUCGAUCUUUUCAUGUAAAUCCACAGAGUUCCUCUGGUACAUCUACUAAUGUACCAGUGAAGAAGGAGAGCAGCUCUGGGUCUGGGUCCUAUCACACCGGUGCUAAAUGUUACCCUGACUACCUCUCUGCAGAGAAACAGGUAGUCUCUGGUGAGUUGACGCAAGGAGUGGACAGGAGUGGUUAUAGGAGCAGUUCUACCCUGCGAGUUGCUGGACGGAACUCCCAGUCACUGGACUCUGAUACAGUGGCCAAUAACACUAAGCAGCAUGGGCCCAACAGUCCCAGUCCCAGACAGAUGACACCAGCACCACAAUCCCCCACAAAACAGGUACCUACCAUCUCCAAGCCCUCGCAGGGUCAACCACCUGCAGAGACACUAGGUCCCAAAGGUCAUCCAGCCCUGGCAAAGAAGCCUGAACCAACACGAGCAGCUGCUGCCAGCAACGACCUCCCAGAGCCCCAGCAGGUCAGUCUGUUUGGGCCGGUGAAGAAGUUCAAACCUGUGAUCAUGAAGUCGGUCCAGAUGGACACGUCGCUACACACCACUCUGAUGUCGGCCAUCCAGUGUGGGGAUGGGAAGGAGAGGCUCAGAAAGGUAUCGGACUCAAGUGCAAGCAGCACUUUGAAGAAAUCGUCCUUUGUUGAGGAAGAGAAUGAGCGAUGUGCGCUACUGGUAGCCAUUAGAGGCCAAAGUAACUCUGCAGGGCUAAGGAAGACCAUAUCCCAGGCUGCAGAGGAGCUUGACAAGUUCAGGAAGACUGAGGAGGAUGUGUGUGAUGCCUUCCCUGCCAUGCCUCCCCCUCCUCCAUUUGUGUCUCUGCCACCUCCACCUCCCUCUAUGCUCCCUCCUCCUCCUCCUGCCCAUCCCUCCACUCAGCCCAAGCCCACUAUGGUGGGGGAGCCUCUGGGGGCUGGGCAGAAUCCCGCUCUGGCCCGGGAUGCAAUGCUCGAGGCCAUUCGCUCUGGCUCUGCAGCUGAUUGCCUGAAGAAGGUCAAUGGCCGCACAAAAACAGUUCAAGUGAACGGUAGACUUGGUACUAUACAAGCAGCAUCAUCCCUCUCACAAGGACAAUAAAGAAUCUUCCAGAAUGAUUCCAAAACAUCUUGCAAACCAUCUGAUUAGAAUCCUCGUAGGCAGCCAAAUAAUAUGUUGUCUUUCACCUUAAUUUAUCACUGUCCUUAUGUAUAUGUAUCCAAUUAUGUGUACUUGAAUAGUUGCAAUAACUGGAAAGAUUAAUUGCUGUACAAAAGCAUGUGCCAAUAAUUGUUGUUGCUUUUUAUUAGCUGCUCUUGCUGAUGAUGAUGAUGAUGAUGAUAAUAGUAAUCUUAGGAAAUUAGUUUUGCUCUUUUAUUAUUUCUUUUUUUAUUUUACUUUUUAAUAAUAGUCCACAUGGAAUUGAUGCCUCAUGCUAUCUUACUGUCAGUGUUAUAUUUGAUUAUUACAUAUUUGCUGUAUAUAUUCCAUGUAAUAGGAUGCAAUGGAUCAGACUCAUUGAUAUAGUGCAAUGAGUAACACUGGUCACCAGUAACACUGGUCAAGCAUGACUAAAUUUGGCUCCAAGGGACUCUCAUCUCCAGGUGGUGAUUAGGUCUGUAUCCCAAAUGGCAGGCUAUUCCCUAUAUAGUACACUACUUUUGACCAAAACCUUAUGGGCCCUUGGCAAAAACUAGUGCACUAAAUAGGGAAUAGGGUAGCAUUACUCUAGUUUAUUUUUGCAAAGCUCUGGGUUUUUAGAUCUCAUCUAUGCUGCUAUUCAACCUUUACAUGUUUUUAUUUUAAAAUUAUAAUGCCUCUUAAUAUAUUUAUUUUAAUAUUCAGAGAAAAUAUUACUAACAUAUCCUUUCUUGACAUUGCAAAAGCAUUUUUGAAACAUUUCUGUUUAUGUGUAACUAUUGGUGAAUAAUAUCACCAUGACUUAGUAAAAUAGUUUACUAAUCAAUAGAUAUAUGAGUAAUGAACAAGAGGUAUGGGCUGUUACUCCAUUUUCAGAAAACAAUUCUGGUUAAUAUUUGCUAUGAUUUUAUUGUUUAUUUAAUCACAGUGUUCUAUGUUGUAUGCAUGGGGCUUCAGUGCACAGCUUUUUGUUAUUGUUAUUGGGGCGGUAGGGUAGCCUAGUGGUUAGAGCAUUGGAUGAGUAACUGGAAGGUUGCAAGUUCAAACCCCCGAGCUGACAAGGUACAAAUCUGUCGUUCUGCCCCUGAACAGGCAGUUAACCCACUGUUCCUAGGCCGUCAUUGCAAAUAAGAAUUUGUUCUUAACUGACUUGCCUAGUUAAAUAAAGGUAAAAUAAUAAAUUAAAAAAAUGGUAUUCACAGUAGAUCUGAUGUGCAGUACUGUACAUGAGCUUGUUUCUCUAGACGUUUUAUGGCAUUACUAUAGUAGCUGAAAGAAAGCAAAAGUGAAUAUUAUAAUAUAUCUUGCAAAUGAGUACUAUCCAUAUUGAUCAGAAUGACUGAAUGAUAGACUUAAAGGGCCCCCCCACUGUAAAGCAUGAAAAUAGGGACCACAAGAUUCUAGACUGGUCUGUCAAAAGAUGGAUUCAUAGGUUGUCCAGUUCCUUAAAAUUCAGUUUAGAUGUUUACUUAUGUUCUAGACCAGCAGGCUCCAGACCUUGUAGGGUAAGAGUUGAAGGUAGACCUUCAAUACCUUCAACUCUUACCCUACGAGGUCUGGAGCCUGCUGGAUUUCUGUGUUACCUGAUAAUGAAUUUCCCCCACCUGGUGUCCCAGUUCUAAAUCAGUCCCUGAUUACAGAGGAACAAUGAAAAAAAAGCAAAGGAACUGGCUUCAAGUUCCAGAGUUGUGUUUGAGGCUAGAAAGUUGUAGAUUUUGUUAACUACAGAUAAAUGAUUACAGUAAUAAACUGUUGUUAAAAUUGGAAAUAAAUAGAAUAAUAUAAAUCCAAUCAAAUUAAGUUUUAUAAGCUAUUGCUUUUUUAUGUUAAGUGCAUGUUGUUUUUGGAAGAAUUUCACAUUUUAUUUUAUCCACAAAUUAUACUUUUUUCAAUAAAUGAUUUUUGUAACCAUG